GGCAAACGAUAUAUUGGAGUAUGUCAUGUCCUAUUCUAAAAAUGAGAAAUAUUUGGAAAACGACACACUUUUAUUACGUUUUGCCUGUGAUGGGGCCAAAAUUUCAAAAAACUAACUCCGUAAGAGGUGUUUUUAUUCUCAUACAAAGGAAUUCCCUUCCGGAAGAUGUCAAAGGUGAUAAAAGCAGACCAGUGCUUGAAAAUUUGGUGACAGAGACAUUUCAAGAAAUGAAUUUUCCUUUAUUAUUAACAUGCGGAACAGUUGCUAAUAAGAGUUUAUUGUAACAUUGUCCAUAGUUUGCUUUUUUAAAGUCAUAUUUUCAUUAUAUUAUGUCACCAAAUUUUGAAAAUUCCAAGGAUUAUUACAUGGAAAGCACUUUCAAUAAUAAUAUGGAUCAAUGGGGCCUAUGUCAGUACUUUUGUAUGUGGUGCUACUGCUAUAAGGAACAGAUAUGCGAUUUCAGUUUUCCCUCAUGGCCAAUUCAAAGAUGCCCAUUAGAACAAGUGAAGAACUUGUCAGAAAACACCUUUGAGUACAAGGAAAAAGACUUAUGUCCAUUCAUUCCUUAUGAUGACAUGCCUGUUGAUGACCUUCAUCUUCGGAUAAGGAUUUCUCACAAACUUUUUAACCAGGUUGUAACGUGGUCCAUUGAUCAGAAAACUGAAGAUGAUCUAUGUAAAGAGCUUAGAAGGAUAUGUGUUUCCUUUAAGAUAUGGGAAGAGAAAGGGGACGACAAGUUGAAUAUAAAAGUCAAGAAGUGGUCGCAACCAAAUGGAGAAGACUUGAGAACAGUUAUUCAUAAAAUGCGGUUGGCCAAUGUUCAUAGUGAUCAAAGAGACCGCCGUUAUGUGAAUGUAGAGAGCCUUACAAUCAGCCAGCUAAAUGAUGAACUCGGGCAGAGGAUUCGACAACAAGGGAAAAAAGUGUGUUUUAGUUGCUCGAUUUAAAGAAGCAAUAGGAAGCAAAACAAAGGUUUGUUAAAAUU